AUGGUCAGUUUUGAUGUUCAGUCUCUAUUUACAUACCUACCUGUUGAAGACUGCAUCUCAAUUAUAACUAGGAAACUAGAGGAAAACAACAUGCCAGCAGAAUAUGCAGUAUUACUCAGACAUUGCCUUACAUCUGGCUACCUAUUGUGGAAGGAACAGUUUUACAAGCAUGUAGAUGGUGUUGCGAUGGUCUCACCGGUAUCUCCCAUUGUCGCCGAUAUUUUCAUGGAGGACUUUGAGGAGAAAGCCCUGCUUACUGCACCAGUAACUCCUAGUUUCUACAAGCGGUACGUAGACGAUACUUUCACAAUUUUACCAUCAGACAAAGUAACUGCAUUUUUAGAACAUCUUAAUUCCAUAAACUCUAAAAUUCAAUUUACUAUGGAGUUAGAGGCAAAUAAUUCUUUAGCUUUCCUAUAUGUAUUAGUCAUUCGAAAUCCUAAUAACACCGUAGGUCACACUGUGUAUAGAAAAAAGACCCAUACAAACCGAUACUUAAACGGUGAAUCCCACCAUCACCCUUCACAGUUAGCUACCGUGGGCAAAUCUUUGUUGCAGAGAGCACGAGGGAUCUGUGACAGCAAACACCUGGCCGCCGAGCUUCAGCACGUCAAGCAGGUUCUGCACGACAACAAGCUUCGGGUUCCGCGCCUACGUCACAGUGACCGAGUGAAGCCGGCCACAGUCGAGCGUGUGCCUGCUGUACUACCAUAUGUCAGAGGUGUCACAGACAAGAUUGGCUACAUCUUGAAGCGAGCUUCUAUUAGAACAUUCUUCAAGCCGCCGAAGAAGAUUAGUCAGUUCUUACCAUCCGUCAAGUGCAAUAUUCCUCUACAAGAUGCAGGAGUAUACAAGCUUGAUUGUGAGUGUGGUCUCCCAUAUAUAGGGCAAACAAAACGAUCAAUAAAACCCGCGUAA